GAAUGACAAAAUUCAACGUCACACGAGCUUUCAAUGUAGGAAGCCACUGAGAGGACGUACAUGUCUGUAUAAAACCCGGGCUAGCGUAACGUUGACGCUUUUACUGACGGCGGGAGGACAGUGAACGUGCUUACAACUGCCGCCGACAGUUGUAUCUUCGGCCUGGAUUAAAAGAUAUUACACUUGGGUUAGUAAAAGGACAAGAUGUCAAGUGGUAUGAGAUCCGGCUCUCUUGAGACGGCCUCCCUCAACGCCAAGAAGGGGGGUCGUCGUUUCUCCUGUCCGCCAGGCACAGUGCUGGACAACGCCGUCCUCGUCAGACGGCCGCCAUUCACGCAGGUGGCUUUCGAUGAACUCCAUCUUAAGUCCGAAGAUGAAGAUGGGAAGUCGAUUGCAGAAAGGAUUAAGAACCGGUGUAGCUGUUCCACACAAAAGAUAUUCAAGUUCCUUUCUGGGUAUCUACCAAUAGUCAAGGUUGUUCGCUAUUACAACUUCAAGGAUUUCUUCGUGACCGAUCUGCUUGCUGGCAUCACUAUUGGAAUCCUCCAUAUUCCACAAGCCCUUGCUUUUGGAUUGCUGACGUCGGUUAAAGUUGAGAAUGGUCUUUACACGUCUGUAUGGCCCGUGAUCCUCUACGUUCUAUUCGGCACAUCCGCUCACGUUUCUAUGGGAACUAGUGCUGUAAUAUGCAUUGUAACCGCCGCUGUAGUUGAUCGCCAAGCCGACAUAUUCAAGGAAAUGAACGCACAUCUGCUAUCAAACUCAACAAUCGGGAACGAAACUCUGCGGUGGGAGGACAUUCCAGAAUUUAUGGACUACAAGGAGGCCACCGCGAUGGGGAUUUCAUUCUUCACUGGUUUGAUCCUUAUCGUUAUGGGUCUUCUAAAACUUGGAUUCAUCACAGCCUACCUGUCUGAUUCAUUCUUCAGCGCGUUUACUUCCGGUGCCGGUGUACACAUUGCUACAAGUCAGAUUCCUGCAAUCCUUGGACUAAAAGUUCCGAGAUAUGGAGGCAUGUUCAAAAUCGUGAAGACAUACGGUGCUAUAUUCGGAGCGAUAACUGGCGUCAAUGUUGCGUCGCUCAUUAUAGCCUUAUGUGCUGCAGUGGCGAUAUUGUUUGUCAAAGACUACUUGAACGAGAAAUUGAAAGGGAAAAUACCGAUACCUAUCCCAAUAGAACUGUUUGUAGUAAUCGUGGCCACUCUUGUGUCAUACUUUGUUGGAAUGGCCGAUCUAUGGGGAGUGGCCAUUGUCAGUUCCAUCCCAAAUACAAUACCACCACCUGUCAUUCCUUCCUUUGACGGGGUUGACACAUACAUUGUUGACUGUUUCGUUCUUGCCAUUCUCAUUUUUGCAAACACAAUUGCAAUGGCAAAGAUCUGUGCAAAACGGCAUAAUUACGAAGUAGAUGACAGCCAAGAACUGCUUGCUUAUGGAAUGUGUAACUUCGUCUCGUCUUUCCUCAGAUGCUUUCCUUCCGCAGUCGCUCCUCCAAGAUCUAUGGUCGCAAGCACAAUGAAUACUAAAACAACUAUCUGUGGAAUCUUCUCAGCCGCACUGCUCAUUUUGCUGAUCCUUGUCAUGAGCGCGCUGUUUGAACCAUUACCUAAAGCAGCACUGGCUGCUAUAAUCGUUGUAUCACUGAAGGGCCUAUUCAUGCAGCUGAAAGACUGUGUAAAAUUUUGGAAAGUAAACAAAAUUGACUUCGUCAUCUGGUUUUUCACUUUAGUCAGUGUCGUCUUCCUCGACAUUGACUUUGGACUUGGUAUCGGUGUUAUUGUUUCACUCAUCACUGUUGUCUUCCAAGCCCAGUUUGCUCGUGGUUACAGGGUCGGUAAAACAAUGAAGGAUGUUACUCUGGUUGAACACAAGCGAUACGCCGAUUCCAUGGAAAUUUCUGGCAUCAGAAUUUAUCGCUUUCACUCCAACCUGUUCUUCGCUAACGCGGAAAUAUUCCGCACGGCAUUGUACAGGGCCACGGUCAACCCAAGAAAAUUGCUUAAGUUCAUCAAGAAACAGGAACGUAAAAAUAAAAAAGAAGGAAAGAAACAAACGGUGACAACAGAAAGCUACACACUCAAACCAGAGGCAAAGACGCAUAUCGAUAUACCUGGAAUUACAGUCAACGGCAAUGAAAAAGAGACACAGGACAUUUCAACGAUCGCUAAUGGAAGGCAAAAUGUAAAGCGAGUGGAUAGUAGCUCUUCAAACGGAUCUGCCGGACGAAACUCAUUGGUUGGUAUCGAGAAUGCUGCAUUCCAAAAUAAGGACGUAGGGUCUGUUACAACGCUCGACAUUCCAUAUGAAUAUAAUCUUAACAAGCGUAAUAUGAGCGUUGCCACCAUCUCCAGUUUUACGUCAAUGGACGAUUCAAUCGACCCUGAAGAUGGCCAAGAGAUGGUCACGGAUGCCAAAAUCAGACGCAUGCGCAGAGUACAUCACAUCAUCAUUGACUUUUCCACUGUAAAUUACAUGGACAUAUCUGGUGCAAAUGUCAUCAGUCAUAUUUACAAGGAAUAUGCACACGUGAACAUAAAAGUUUUCAUAACAAACAUCUGCUACGACGUUCGACAAACUAUGCACUUUGCAGGUGUUUUUGAGAUCAUUCCACAAGAACAUAUCUUCGUUGACGUUCUGGACGCGAUAGCGGUAGCCAAGCUCGAAAUGGUCGUCCCCAUUCCGGAGGAGGGGCUGGAAGACUUCUCAUACGAAGAGGCCGCAGAGGACAAAUACGUUACACAUAUUGGUUAAACUCGAUGUUAUGCGGUGAACAUAUAUUUUACAUUUAUGCUUUUUCGGAACGUCUGCUUUGUAUCAAUCAUCAUUUUUGUGGUUGGACAGCUUUUUAUUUUGUAAAAGUAUAAUAAUACCCAACAUGUCGUAAUUGUUAUCGAUUUCUUAAAUCAUUAGAAAUUUUGUAUCAUAUAUGAUAUGUUCAUCUUUAAAUCAUCCAUAUAACCCAGGGAAAAAUAAAUACACAUUUUAUUUCAAAAAAUCACCAAAUCGAAGUAUUCAAGCAGUUUAUUUAUUGAUAAAUAUAUACGGAGACCAGAAA